UGCUGGAGAUGUACAGCAAACUGCGGGAGCAGAUGAAAUCCAAGAGGCACUACCCCGCCCUGAAGACCCUGGAGCACCUGGAGCACACGUACCUGCCCCAGGUGAGCCAUUACCGCUUCUGCCAGGCCAUGGUGGACACCAUCCCCCGCCUGCGCGACCARAUCCGGGAACUCUCCAUGGCCGACCUCAAGGACUUCCUGGAGAGCAUCCGCAAGCACUCGGACAGGAUCGGCGAGACCGCCAUGAAACAGGUCAGAAAUGGGGGAGAAUUCCAUAAUUUGGGGUUUUUGGGAAGAG